UUUUUUUUUUGGGAUUAAUUUGUAGCGUCUGAAUUCCAUUUCUCGUGGAACAGGAAACCAAAACUUGAGGAGGCAGAGCCAGCAGUAAGCUGACUCGGAAAAAUGGGGAUGGAAGCGCACGACGAGUUGAUGACCGACGGAUCGGACUCUGCCGAGAGAAGAUCCCGAGCCCCGAGGCUGUUCAUCAAAGAGAUGGUCAUGAGGAACUUUAAAUCAUACGCCGGCGAACAACGCGUGGGCCCUUUCCACAAGAGCUUUUCAGCAGUGGUUGGACCGAAUGGAAGUGGUAAAAGCAACGUGAUAGAUGCAAUGUUGUUUGUGUUCGGGAAGCGAGCUAAGCAGAUGCGACUUAACAAAGUUUCAGAGCUCAUUCACAAUUCAACUAAUCACCAAAAUUUGGAGAAUGCUGGUGUUUCUGUACAUUUCCAGGAAAUCGUUGAUCUGGAUGAUGGAUCAUAUGAAGCUGUUUCAGGGAGUGAUUUUGUGAUUAGCCGGGUUGCCUUUCGUGAUAACUCCUCUAAGUAUUAUAUCAAUGACCGUCCAAGUAAUUUUACUGAAGUUACCAAGAAACUGAAAGGGAAAGGAGUUGACCUUGACAACAACCGUUUUUUGAUUCUCCAGGGUGAAGUUGAGCAGAUUUCACUUAUGAAGCCAAAAUCUCAAGGACCUCAUGAUGAGGGUUUUCUUGAAUAUCUUGAGGACAUAAUUGGGACUAACAAGUAUGUUGAAAAAAUUGACGAAUCAUACAAGCAGCUAGAAUCACUAGAUGAGAGCAGGUCUGGGGUGGUGCAAAUGGUUAAGUUGGCAGAGAAAGAAAGAGAUGGCUUAGAGGACGUGAAGAAUGAAGCAGAAGCAUACAUGCUGAAAGAGUUGUCACUUUUGAAAUGGCAAGAGAAAGCCACUAAAUUGGCCCAUGAAGAUACUGAUAUAAAUAUGGUUGAAUUACAAGAAAAUGUUUCCAGUUUAGAAGAAAAUCUGAAGACUGAAAGGGAGAAGAUACGAGAAAGUAACAAAAUGUUGAAGGAGCUUGAAACUGUGCACAACAAGUACAUGAAGAGACAAGAGGAACUUGAUAAUCAACUCAGAAGUUGUAAGGAAGAGUUUAAGGAGUUUGAACGCCAGGAUGUCAAAUAUCGGGAAGAUUUGAAGCACAUGAAGCAAAAGAUCAAGAAACUUGAGGAUAAACUGGAAAAGGAUUCAUCAAAGGCUGUUGACUUAGAAAAGGAGUGUGAAGACUCGACAAAUCUGAUCCCUAUAUUUGAGGAAAAUAUUCCAAAACUGCAAAAGCUCUUGCUGGAUGAGGAGAAAGUCUUAGAGGAAAUUAAAGAGAAUUCUAAAGUUGAAACCGAGAGAUAUCGUGCUAAGCUCGCAAAAGUUCGUGCUGAAUUAGAUCCUUGGGAAAAGCAACUGAUUGAACAUAAAGGAAAACUUGAAGUUGCAUGUACAGAAAGCAAGCUGUUGAGUGAUAAGCAUGAAGCUGGUCGUUUAGCAUUUGAAGAUGCUCAAAAGCAGAUGGACAAUAUAGUGGGGAAAAAAGAAGCAAAAACUGCAAGCAUUGCAAAUAUUCAAUCAGAUAUAGGAAAGAACCAGCUUGAGGCAUUGGAAGCUCGUAAACUGGAACAAGAAUGCAUCAAAGAACAAGAUGCACUGAUUCCUAUUGAACAAACUGCAAGACAGAAGGUUGCAGAACUAAAGUCUAUCCUUGACUCUGAGAAGAGUCAGGGAUCAGUUCUGAAAGCAAUCCUGCAGGCUAAGGAGUCCAAUCAAAUUGGGGGAAUAUAUGGUCGAAUGGGUGAUCUUGGUGCUAUUGAUGCAAAAUAUGAUGUUGCCAUAUCAACAGCAUGUUCAGGACUUGACUAUAUUGUAGUGGAAACAACCAGUGCUGCACAAGCUUGUGUUGAGCUACUUCGGAGGGAGAAUCUUGGCAUUGCAACUUUCAUGAUAUUGGAGAAGCAAGUUGCUCUUUCACCCAAGUUGAAGGAGAAAAUAAGCACUCCGGAGGGAGUUCCACGCCUUUUCGAUUUAAUUAAAGUUCAGGAUGAAAGAAUGAAGCUUGCCUUCUUUGCGGCAUUGGGAAACACUGUCAUAGCUAAGGAUCUUGACCAGGCAACACGUAUUGCAUACAAUGGAAACAAAGAAUUUCGACGCGUGGUAACACUUGAUGGUGCACUUUUUGAAAAAUCUGGUACAAUGAGUGGUGGGGGAAGUAAGCCUCGUGGUGGUAAAAUGGGGACAUCUAUUCGAGCUGCAAGUGUGUCGGGAGAAGCUGUUGCAAAUGCUGAGAAGGAACUGUCUACAAUGGUUGAAAAGUUAAAUAGCAUCCGGAAAAGAAUUGCCGAGGCUGUGCGAUGUUACCAGACAUCAGAAAAAGAAGUUGCAUUCUUGGAGAUGGAAUUAGCUAAAACCCAGAAAGAGAUUGACAGUUUGAAUUCACAACAUCGUUAUCUUGAAAAACAACUUUGUUCCCUGGAGGCUGCAUCACAACCUGGGAAGGAUGAGCUUGAUAGGUUGAAGGAGCUCAAGGAAUUAAUUUCUAAUGAAGAAAAGGAGAUCGAUAAACUCAUCAAAGGGUCUAAAGAGCUGAAGGAGAAGGCUUUGGAGCUUCAGAAUUCUAUCGAAAAUGCUGGUGGUGAAAGGUUGAAAGCACAGAAGUUAAAGGUCAAUAGGAUUCAAGCUGAUAUUGACAAAAAUAGCACAGAGAUCAACCGCCACAGAGUUCAGAUAGAAACUGGUCAAAAAUUGAUGAAAAAAUUAACAAAAGGUAUUGAGGACUCAAAGAAGGAGAAAGAGAGACUUGUUGAGGAGAAGGAGAAAUUGAGAAGUGUCUUCAAAGAAAUAGAGCAGAAAGCAUUCACUGUUCAAGAGAAUUAUAAAAAAACACAGGAGCUGAUUGAUCAACAUAAAGAUGCGUUAGAUAAAGCAAAAUGUGAUUACGACAAAGUGAAAAAGACCGUCGAUGAAUUACGUGCAUCUGAGGUUGAUGCCGACUACAAGUUACAAGACUUGAAGAAAGCAUACAAGGAGUUGGAAUUGAAGGGGAAGAGUUACAUGAAAAGGCUUGAUGAUUUGCGAACUACCCUUGCAAAGCAUCUGGAACAAAUUCGGAAAGAUUUAGUGGACCCUGAAAAGCUUCAGGUGACUUUGACAGAUGUAAGUCUCAGUGAGGCUUGUGACCUAAAGAGUGCCCUUGAAAUGGUAGCAUUGCUGGAAGCCCAACUGAAGGAGAUGAAUCCAAAUCUUGAUUCAAUCUCAGAAUUUCGGAGAAAGGUUUCGUUAUAUAAUGACCGAGUUGAGGAACUAAACAAGGUCACUCAACAGCGUGAUAACAUAAAGAAGCAGUAUGAUGAAUGGAGGAAGAAGAGAUUGGAUGAGUUCAUGGCAGGAUUCAAUGCAAUAUCUUUGAAGCUAAAGGAGAUGUAUCAGAUGAUCACACUUGGAGGCGAUGCAGAACUUGAGCUAGUGGACUCUUUGGAUCCUUUCUCUGAAGGUGUUGUUUUCAGUGUUAGACCACCAAAGAAGAGCUGGAAGAAUAUCGCAAAUUUAUCGGGUGGUGAAAAGACACUCAGCUCACUGGCCCUUGUUUUUGCACUUCAUCACUACAAGCCAACUCCGCUUUAUGUGAUGGAUGAAAUUGAUGCUGCUCUGGACUUCAAAAAUGUUUCUAUUGUUGGGCAUUAUGUGAAGGACAGGACAAAGGAUGCUCAGUUUAUAAUCAUAAGCCUGAGAAACAACAUGUUUGAAUUGGCCGAUCGACUCGUAGGUAUCUACAAGACUGAUAAUUGCACCAAGAGCAUUACAAUUAACCCAGGGAGUUUUGUAGUAUGUGAAAAAGCUGCCUGACGAUGAGUUUGGUUUUACUGGCAUUCCUUGAUUAGCGGUCCCCAUGUCAGGAUCUCAUCUAUUUAUUCGAUUCUAUUCUAACCAGCUUACAGAUAUCAACUGCAUAUUUAAUUUUUGAUAUGUAUUAUGUAUAGCAGCUUUUCCUUUUAGGCACAAUUAGUGUAUGAAGCUGACACGAAUCGACGCUAAAUAACAAAGUCCUGAACAUUGUCCAAACAAAAAUAGGUUUGCUGCCAGUAGUGCGCCUAUAACAUCUUUGGUGGUGCCCUUCCCUUCUAAAGCUUGAGAUCGAGAGACAUGAAUAUGUAAGUUGCUGGAGUUCCAUAAAUCUCAAGGCCGUUUUACUUC